UUAAUGUUGUACAAAGAAUUAGAAAAAUGGAGAUAAGAAAAUAAAGAAGUUUCGGCACUACCCACCGGCAAAAAGGCAUUCAGCUGCAGACACAGACUGUUCUAUUCUUAGAUAUAAAUAAAAACUGUAAAUAUCAGUGUCACUUAUUAUGGUGACUUAAGAUAAGUAAUAAGUUUUGAUGGGAAAGCCAACAAGAGACAGUCGGACAGCUGUUCAGUAUCUGGUCAUCCUGCUGGUCACCGGUUACAUCCGCAAUAACUUUAAACCGUGUGAAUUUGUGACGAUAAAUGGACAUUUUUCAUUUUUAUGACAAGUUGAUUGAAAUAGAGAGAUUGUUUAGAUGUGUGGCAAGCGACGUAUUGGUGUUUUUUGGGAAGUUUGUGAUUUGGGAUUUAAGAAAUUUAGGUUUUUGACUCGACCACCAAAGUGAGACAAAGUACUGUUUUUUUGGGCAUUCCACUGCUACAGCAUCGGCUGCAGCAACCGCUAUGUGUCUCUCCCACAACUUUAUCACCAUAGUUUUAGUUCUCACCGUGACAAUUAUUAUUUUUAGUGACAAAGGGACUGCUAUGAUCCAUCUGCCCUGCAAGAGAUGUGCGUCAAUCCAAGAAUGCAACGCUGAUCCUCCCCAGUUGUGUGUUUAUGGUGAAAACAGAGAUUACUGUAAUCGAAGAGUUUGUUCAAAAGGCCCUGGUGAGAAAUGUGGGGACAGAUUUAAUAUUUUGGGCACUUGUGGAGAGGGACUAUGGUGUUCGAAUAAAGAUAACAGAUGUCAUGGAUGUUACAUUCCAACUAUGGCAUGCUAUCCAGAUGAUUAAUGUGAUCUCAAACUUCCGAAAACAACAGUAUUACUUACUUUUUGUUGUUAUGUUUGUAGCUUAAUGAAUAUUUAUAGAUGAUGUACUGCGAAAUCGUGCUUAUAUUUAUUUUAUUAAAAUACUCAGAUCUCAAGUGGUUUUUAAAAAUUGAUAUGUUUAAAGUGAAAAUAAAAUAUAUUUCCGUAA